AGUUAUGUUGGUUAUGCCAUGCCGUUAUGUCGUUAUGGAACCGUUUGAACGACUGGUUUGAACAGUUUGUCUUUUCUCUUAGUUUUGCGGAUGACAAAUUGUACCACCAAAAGAAAGCGACUUUGAAAGACGAGAGGCCCAAGAAGGCCAAGAAAUGACGGAGAAAUCCGGCACAGCAGCCCCCCAUCAGACAGGACCACUGAACUGGUAUGCUGUAUAUAUCAAGAGGCUCUGCAAAGGAUAUCCUGUCGGAUCCCAGGAAAUCCUGUCGGAUCUCUGCAACACCAAGAGUAUAUUCACUUCAAGAAAAAUUGACUUCGGUGUUGGUUGCACCCAAAGUGACUCGCAGCAGUGCCAAAUCUUCAAAGACCUCAAACUCUGGAAUGAAUUUCUUUGGAACAUGAACGCAGAACUUAAGGAGGUGUUGCCUGGUAAACUCGGUGUGGUUCCUGGUUCCUGUGAUUUCGACACAACUAGUGACGACCAACUUACUCAUGCUUCUAUUCUCCUGCACUGGCUCCUCAAGGAACAUCGCUGCAUACAGGUGUUUGAACUGCUUGAGCAUUGCACCACCUGCUGGGACAUGCGUCUUUUAGGUGAUGCACUGCGCCUCAGUGCCGGAAUCAAGAGACUGAAGCUUGACAAGUUUCAUCUCUCAAGGUGUUUUGUUCACACGCUAGCCACUCUUUCGAAGCUUGAGGAGCUGGAGCUUUGUCUGGGGACGAUGUCUAAGAAUGCAUUGGCUCACUUACAGCUUGUGCUGGAGGAGAUGCCAUCUCUCAAGUCACUCAAGCUGGACUUGCGCUCUAUGAGCCUAAACAAAACAAGAGCGCUGCUACAAGCUCUGAAAUGUUGUGCCGCCACAUCGCUGUGCUUAAAUGGCAGCUGCCUCAAGCUGGAAAAUGGCAGAGCAUUUGCUGAGUUCUUUGCACAGAACUCUAUGUUAAAGGAGCUCACUGUUGAUCACUUGGCUAAACGAGAGAAAUCGCAGGAUGUGAAACCUCUCUUCCAUGCUCUGAGGACAAACAAAACACUGGAGAAGUUGUGCCUUCCUGGCUGUUGUCUAGCGACGUCCGAAGCAAGAUUACUUGUACAAGUGGUGGCCACAAAUAGCACGCUGAAGAUCUUGCAGGUUAAGUGCACCUGUGCAAACGGGCCAGCAGUUUUCGGCGAACUGAUUGGGAGCAACAGAAGUCUUUCAGAACUUGAGAUUACCUUGGCACCUUCUAUUUCUGAACUGGCCGCAUCCAUUCGUAAAAACACCACAAUGAAGAAGCUGAGCGUUAGUUGUAAAUACUUGACAAUUCAAAGCACGGAGACAUUCCUUGAUGCUCUGGCAUUCAACAAAUCGCUUGAGCUUGUGAGACUGGGAAACAUUUCUGAACAGGAGCCAGGGUAUUUCCACAGACUUCUAGAAGAGAAAGGGCUGGACAGUAGGGUGCACUACGUGUGCUCCAUUAUCGAGCCUGUCAUCUACAUGAGCAACAGGAAGAGUGGUGCCGACCUGCGUCGUACUCGUCCAAGGCUGUCUGAAGCCAUGCUAGACACUGUUCAUCAUGUUUGUCGCCAACUUGCCCGACCUCAUCAGUUCGUAGACCUCAGCAUUUCAUUGUACCAUUUGGACCUUGAGUCGGCAAGACUACUGGCAGAAUUCCUAUCAUCUACCAAGGUCCUGAAGCACGUAAACCUAGCCUUCAUCUUUGGUGACAGAUAUUCUAUGCAAGGUAUUCUGGAAGGGCUUCGUUGCAACAAGAGCCUUUCCUCUGUUGCUCUUGAAAUUGUUUUUGAGGAAGAAGAUGCCUACGUGAUGGGUGCUCUAGUGAAGACCAAUAAAAGCUUGCGGGAAAUAACUGUGCUGUCACCGUUUAAAGACAUGUAUUCCAAGGUCAUUUUUGAGUUGUCGGAAGGUCUUGUUGACAACUACUACUUGUUCCGUGUGGAGACAAGCAAUUAUGCUCAGUGUGCAGAAGCAGUGUUUAAGAUCAAGGAUAUCAUGCGCAGGAAUACUUCCAUGCUGCUGGAUGCAGUUAAAUUUGCCAUGGGGUCUUGCACAAAGAAGCAGGCUGAGGCAUUUGAACUGCUUUUUGAAAGCGAUGCACUUGUUGAGAAGCUGCAAGAGCUAGCAUAUGAUACAGAUUUUGAGGCAAGGGAAAGAGUCAAGAAGCGCUUGCAGUACCUCAAGUACAACUUUAUGACAGUGGCAGGCGUUGUGAAGGCAAACAUGGUUUGUGAGCUGGGAGAAAAGCAAGAGACUCGGCUGGACCAGAUUGCAUUUGACAGUUGGCUGAAGAUUCGGUCCUAUUUGAAGGUUAGGGACAUUGCAGAUGAACCGGUGGCACUGUGAUCACCUGCCUCUGAUGGAUAGGAGCAGUCACACGUGAGAAGCACUCCUGAGAUUGCAUAAGGGCCGCUAGGAACUGCCAUGUGCACUGGGACUUUUAUAUCUUGCUUUGAUGAAUUAAAAAAUCCUUGUUUGUGGCAUUUUCCUCUGUU